AUGAGUUUAAGAUUAAUAUUUCCUAAAUUAGACAUCAGCAUUCGAACUACAAGUAGCAGUCCAUUCAAAUAUCCAUCUGAUGAGGAGAUUUUUCUCUAUAAUGACAGUAAAUUUAAAAAAUAACUUUCUUUUCAUAAUAAGUAAGGUGCAAAAGUUUGGAAUAAAGAAACAGCUACAAGUAGAACCUAAUUAACUAGAUUUGAAGUAUUUAUAAUUAUUUAAUAUUUAACAGAAAGUUAGUACACCAUAUGAUGAAAAUUACACAAAGAAUAAUAAACUAUUCAAACAAAAAGAUUAAUAAAAAAUCAAUGAUGCUAUUAAUAUUAUUAAAGAACGUAAAUUAGAAAAAGAAGAAUAGAAUAAAAAAGGGAUUAGUUUAGUUUCUAAUGUUAAAAUAAUAGAAGACAAAAGAUAAUUAUUUUUGAUUUCUCAAUCUUAUAAUACUAUAGAAAAUGAAAUUAAAAAAAUGAAAGAAGGUUAAAAAGAAAAACAAGAGGUGUUUCUUUAAAGUUUGAAAAUGCUUUAAUAAGAUGCUGAUAAUUUUUAGUAAUUUUUAGAUACAAAUAAAGCAGCUAGAGCUGAUGCAGAACUUAAAUUAGAUAAUGAAAUCAAAGAUAAAAAAGCUAAAGAGGCUAUAAUCAAACAACUUAAUAUUAAAAUGACAAGUAUUAGAGGUGAAAAAUAAAGAAUGGAAGAAUUAAUAACUGCUUAUAUUGAUCAUAAAUAGUUUUUGGAUAAAUUAGCUCCAAAAGAAUGGCAUGAUAAUAAAGCAAAAUUAAAAAGCUUAUUACUUGAUAAUCUUAAAGAAAAUAUUGUUGUUGAAGGCAAACUUUUAAAAUCUAAUAACUCCGAUUAAGCAAUUUAAUUGUAUUUUAAUUAAUUAAUUUCAGUUCAGAAGAAUUAGAAGAUUUUGAAGAUGAAUUCGAUAUGUAUUUUAAGCAACCAUCAUAAUUAAUUAAUAUUUUCAAUGAUUUAGAAGAAAGAAAUUUAUUCUUAAUUCAAACAGCUUAAGAAACAGAAUAAAAUCUAGAAGAAGUUAAAUCUAAAUUUCAAAAAUUAAAAAAUGAAAAAAACAUAAAAAUUUAAUAAUUGCAUGAAUAAAAAGAAACAUUAAAAAAAAAAUUAGAUGUAAUGAUUAAUCCCAAUUAUUUUAAGUUAAUGACUCAAGAAUUGAAAGACAUGUAAUUAGGAGGUAUAAUUAAGGCAUCUGGAAAGGAGCAAAAAGAUUUAGCAUAAUAAAUUAUAGAAGUUUAUUCGCUAUUUCAAAUAGAUAUGCUAUAAGUUUAGGAUAUUUAAACUAGACCAACAUUAUUUAUAUUAGGACUAAUAGAAUAACUGAUAGAAAAACUCCUGAAAUAAGUUAAAACUUUUAAACCUGAAAGAGUAUAUCAUUAUGUAUUAAUUUAUUAAAUGCGAUUAGAAAUAAGAAAUAGAUAAUAAAGGUAAAGCAGAUAAAAGAAAGGAAAAUGCUGAUAGACAGCGAGAAGAGGAAGCUUCAAGAAAUAGAAUUAAUUAAUUAAAAUUAAUGUAGCCUAGUAAAAAAAAGAGUGGAAGACUAAAUAUGUUCAGAUCAAGACCUAUAGAAAAAUAAGUUGAAAUUACACAAGAGAAUUAUGAGGAUUUAGAUACUGAAGAUUUCAAAUAUUUUGAAUGA